UGCCGGAAUAGUUUCUACUUCCGGUCUUUCAAGACCGUGCGGUGUGGAGACCACGUUGAAGUCAUCAUCAGGCACAUUAAAAAUGGGUUUUGGGGAUUUAAAAAGCCGUGCUGGACAGCAAGCACUGGACGCAUUCGUGACCGACAAAAGUUACAUUGAAGGAUACCAGCCUUCUCAAGCUGAUGUGGUGGUGUUCAAUGCAGUUUCCAAGGCUCCCAAUGCUGAUCUACCUCAUGCCCUGAGAUGGUUCAACCACAUCAAAUCUUACAGUGAUGCUGAGAAAAAAGGAUUUGGUGGUCAGAAGAAAGAUGUAGGCCAGUAUGGACCUUCAGGAGACGCUAAGGCUAAAUGUGAUGAUGAUGAUGAGGAGGAUGACGACAUUGAUCUGUUUGGUUCAGACUCUGAAGAGGAAGAAGAUGCAAAAGCACUAAAAGAGAAAAGAUUAGCUGAAUACGCAGCAAAGAAAGCUAAAAAGCCAGCUGUUAUUGCAAAGAGUAGUAUAGUAUUAGAUAUCAAACCCUUGGAUGAUGAAACAGACAUGGCAGAUGUAGAAAAGAAAGUCCGCACCAUUGUAAAAGAUGGUCUCCUUUGGGGAACAAGUAAACUAAUUCCUGUUGCUUUUGGUAUCAAGAAAUUACAAAUUUCCAUGGUGGUAGAGGAUGCCAAGGUGAGUGUGGAUGACAUCACAGAAAAGAUUGAAACUGACUUUGAGGAUUUUGUGCAGUCUGUGGAUAUCCACUUGUUCCAGAAGAUAUAAGAUCAGUGACUUUUGAUAGUGAUAUAUGACUCCAAUAAACAUCGUACCUAUAACAUCCAGGGACAGUUGUCUGUCGAACACCGUACUUAUAACAGGGACAGUCAUUACUCGUGGCUAAAGUGCUCUUAAAUUGCAUGUAAUAAAUACUGCAGAAAACAC